UAACAACAAUCAAGAUAUAUUCCGAGUUUGUAGAAAACUAAGUUCAUUUUUUUUUUAAAUCCCUCUCAUCUUUUCAAGAUGGGAAAGCGGAUUUCUCUUGCUUUAGUGUUUCUCCUUGUUCUCUGCAGCAGAACAGGAUUUUCAGAUCAUGCGAAGUUAAUUGAUCUGAAUCGCGAGAAUGGACGUAAUGCGCCAACAGAAUCUCCAGUAAGCCAUUUUUGUAAUUUUGAGGAUGGGAUGUGUGACUGGAAGAAUGAUGAAACUAAUAAAAAUCUGAACUGGAAAAUUGGACGUGGACCAAUUUUGACUCCAUACACUAGUCCAACUGUUGAUCAUACAGUAGGAACAGGAUUCUAUGUAUUUAUAAGCUCCCAUGACACAAAGUCCAACCAUGUUUCUCGACUGCAAAGUAAAAUGUUCUCUCCACUGUACAAUGAGAGUCGUUGUAUGGUCUUCUGGUAUCACUUGUAUGGUGAUGAAAGAGGAUCUCUGCGGGUGAUGGUUAGAACUGAGAAUCAAACAGAAAAUCCUAUUUGGGUGCUUAAAGGUUACCAUGGCAAAACGUGGAAGAAAGGAAGAGUGUCGGUGGUUUCAAGGGAUGAAAGUCAUCAGGUUGUGUUUGAGGGAAACUUGAAAAAUGAAUCUGAAGGAUUUAUUGCUAUUGACAACAUUCAAUUUAUUAGUACCAAAGAGUGUACCCUUAUGCCUAAGCAAGCCGUUCCAUCUGAUGAGAUUGAAGAGUUUUUGACUUGCUCAUUUGACGAGAAUACUUUAUGUUAUUGGAGUGAAAAUAGUGGAGAAUUAACGUGGCAGUUUGGAGAGAGAUCUUCAGCUGCAGAGAUUUUUGGACCAUUGAAACCUGUAGAUGGAAAAGGUAGUUAUUUGUACGUGCCUUCACUACAAGACCACAGUUCAACACAAAUAGCCAUUCUUGAGAGUACUGUUCUAUCUGUACCUGAUGAAGAUAUUUGUCUGACCUUCUGGUAUCAUAUGUUUGGCCCUGCUGUUGGUGAACUUCAUGUUUUAUUUCAGAGUGUUACUGAUGAAGAAUCAGAAAAAGAGGUUGCUUUCUGGGGAACUCGUGGGUCACAGCCAGACAAAUGGCACCUGUUUGCCGAGUCUAUUGCUCUUCCUAAAGGAAAUUUUAAGAUUCUGAUCAAAGCUUUACCAAUCAAAGGAUUUGCAGGAGAUAUUGCAGUUGAUGAAAUUAAAGGAAGCACUGGGUCAUGUCAGCAGCAAGAGGGACAUGUUUGUACUUUUGAAUUUGGGAUGUGUGAAUGGAAUUAUGGAAGGACAUCUCAAAAGCCUAACAUUUAUAGUUGGAAGCUAAAAGUGCCAGACAAUAAUACUGAAAUAGACCAUACAACUGAUAGCUCAUUGGGUAAAGUAUUACAGACUGUAAGUGAAGAAGGUUCUCUGCAAGACAGCAUUGCUGACAUUGUUAGUCCUAUGUAUGAUGCUAGUCAGAAAGUUCGUUGUCUAAGUCUGUGGUACUAUAUCAUCAACCCUGUGGGUGACAGUAGCCUUGAAGUUUUUAUUCAAACUAAUAAAAAAGAUGAAAUCAUGUUAAAGAAAUGGACAAGUAGUUUUGGAAAUCAGUGGCAAUACGGACAAGUUGAAAUAUCUAACUCAAGUUCAUAUCAGAUUUUGGUUCGAGCAAGAAGGGGUAAAAUUGGAAAUAGUGUCAUUACCAUUGAUGAUGUGGCAGUCAGUUCAUCAGCUUGCUAUCCACUUGGUAGUUGUAACUUUGACAAUGACUUGUGUGGCUAUACAAAUGAUCUGAAUGCUGACUUCAGUUGGCUUGUUGGACAGGGUCGUGUAUCCAGCCCAACUAUGAUUUCCCAUCCUUCUCCAGACAGCCCAUCAGGUGGAGGAAUGUAUGCAUAUGUUGAUCUUACUUCAGUUCAUCUAAAAGAAAACAAUAAAGCACAGCUUGUGAGUCCAGUUCUGAAUAAAGCAGCUUUCUCCUGUUUACGAUUAUGGUAUUUUAUUAAUGGAGAAGUUUUGGGAAAACUAUCAGUAUAUCGGAAAUUAUAUGAGAAUGGUAGUGUUAACAACAUUGAAAUUUGGUCUCGUUCUUACCCUGAGGGGAACAAAUGGUCUCCUGUUGCCUUGCAAGUCCACAGUGAUGAUAAUUUUCAGCUUAUGUUUGAAGUUAUUCGAGGGGCAGGAACUAAUGCAUUUGUUGCAAUUGAUGAUGUUACUUAUGAAGAAAGGGAUUGUAAUGCUGUGGUAACUGCAUCCAAAAUUGUGACUACAACUUCACCAGAAAUUCAUGAAUGUGACUUUGACCAAGGAAAUACUUGCAAGUUUAAGGAUGUUAGUACUACUGCAGAUAGUUGGAAAAUUAACAAACUAGGAACUACUCUUCAGAACCUGCCUCGGUUUGACCAUACAAAAGGGAACUAUAAAGGUAGUUUUUUAAA